UCACGAUUGGUAAGAUUAAUUGAUGAAACCCAAAUAUCGUUAUAAUAUAAUAAACAAUAUAAGCAAAAAAUUAACUUUAUGGUUAAAUUGUAUGAAAAAAUAGGCACACAUGAUGGUAAAUUUCAUUGCGAUGAAGUUUUGGCUUGUUAUUUACUAAAAUGUCUUCCUGAAUUUAAAUCGGCCUAUAUAAUAAGGUCAAGAGACACCCAACUUUUAGAAAAAUGUGAUGUUGUGGUUGAUGUUGGUGGGGUUUAUGACUAUGACAAAUUAAGAUUUGACCAUCACCAAAAAUCUUUUGACAAAACGUUACAAUCCAUCAAAGAUAAUGCACUUUUUGAUAAGAUAAAGUUAAGUAGCGCCGGGCUAGUGUACGCUCAUUUUGGCGAAAAAGUGAUUCGUGAAUCCUUAAAACGUUGCUCGAGUAGCCAUUCGACGACCAAUUUGAACGAGAGUCUUAUUAGUUAUAUUUACCUGAAGGUUUACGAAAAUUUCAUUCAAGAAAUCGAUGCCAUCGAUAAUGGGAUCGAUGUUACCGAAACUAACGAAAUUAAAAAGUACAAGAUAUCGACAAAUCUUAGUUCACGAGUUUCUCAUUUAAAUCCAGCUUGGAACGAUUUAACCACUCCUGCAGACGCACAAUUUCAAAAAGCAAUAAAUUUGGUUGGUCCGGAGUUUGAUGAAAGGAUUCAUUUUUACGCAAAUGUUAUGUGGCCAGCCAGAGAAAUUGUCAAAAAAGCUAUAGAGGAUCGAUUUAAAGUCUACGAAAGCGGCGAAAUAUUAGUUUUGGACAUUUCGGUUCCAUGGCAAGACACAUUGUAUGAAAUCGAAAAGGAACAAAAAAUAUACCCUCUCAUAAAAUUUGUAGUAUUUGGAACUCGAACCAGCCCUAAUAUUACCGGAGAUAGGGGAGAAGACUGGAGAGUUCAGUGUGUUUCUACUCAACCAGGCUCGUUUCAUAACAGGCUAUCCUUGCCUCAAACAUGGCGUGGUUUGAGGGGCAUAGAAUUAUCAAAAAUAAGUGGAAUAGAAAAUUGCGUUUUCGUUCAUAUGAGUGGAUUUAUAGGGGGAAACAAAACGAAAGAAGGUGCUAUUGAUAUGGCCAUUACAACUUUAAUCGAAGAUCACUCUCCAUAAAUAUUCAUGACCGUGGCUAAAUAUACAAUAUGAAAAUUAAUUAAAAAUUAUAUUACGCACACAUAUUUUUAUACUAAUAAAUACUUUUUAUAUUUUGUAAAAUUAAUAAAACAAGGAUAGGAUGAUGUGAAUGUUUGAUUGUAAUCUAAUUUUUUUUUCUGUUACUUUUCUAAAAAAUAUUAUAAUCUCUUUUUACAACAUUUUUUUUAGAAUAUGAAGAAUUUUAUUUUUAUGGUAAUCAGAAUUAGAUGUCCCAGUCUAGAUGACACUGAACAAAAAAACCUCCGGGAAAAUAGACACGACAUAAAAAUACCCCAAUUUUUAAAACCACAAAAGCUUUAUAUUAGGGUUAUUCAAUAUGAGAGGACUAAUGGAAAUAUAAUUAUUUUGCUACCUAGAAUUUGUAUAUAGUCUAUAGAAGCCUGAUGUAAGCUUGGGUUAGUAAUUGGCAUUAUUAUGUGGUAAUUAGGUUGAUAUAUUUUACCGAAACUAAACCUAAAUUAGAAAGACCUAAUAUAUGUUGUAUACAUGAGAUGGAGGAGAUGGUUAAAAUAAUCAUUAUUUUUUUCUUACUUUCAUUUAAAUAAAAAAUAAGCUACAAAGGUCUAAUAUAGGUUUUAAUAUAUCGUCGGUCGUGCUCUAUAUAAAA